AUGCCAUCAGCUAAACAAGUAGAUGACUUUGGCUACAAGGCCUCGUUUGCCUCCAUGAUGUUGCUCACCGUGUAUGGCGGCUUCCUGUGUAGUGCCCUGGCCUAUCGCUACUUUCAGCAUCGUGGUGUCUGCAUUAGGGCAGCUGAAGAACAAAAGACUCCAAACAUCCUAUGGGACUGA